GUCUUCGGCGGACGAGGGUGAUGGAAAUGGAAAAUGGGAUCAGGGGAAUUUCCUCUCUCACGUAAUGAAACGACUGCUAUGGCAAUGGUUUCGAAAGGGGAAUGAGCUGCACUGAACAACUCUUCUUCUCCGCAUUGAGAGAUUGCAGAACCCUUAAAACCCUCAAACAACUCCACGCCUAUGCGUCUAAAACCGGACUUGAUAAUGACCCCUUCAUCGCCGGAAAGUUUAUCCUCCUGUCUGCCGUUUCCAUCGCCAAUGCUCUUGACUACGCUCGCCGUCUCUUGCUCCACUUCUCCUCUCCGGACGUUUUCAUGUAUAACACCCUUGUCCGAGGACUCUCUGAAUCCGAAACCCCUCAACAGUCCCUUCUUACCUACAUUGAAAUGCGUAGGAGAUCGACACCCACCCCUGAUAGCUUUACCUUUGCUUUCAUUCUUAAAGCCGCUGCCAAUUACAGGUCCCUUUCUUCAGGAACUCAACUUCAUUGCCAAGCCCUCAUUCAUGGCCUCGACACCCAUCUCUUCGUUCGAACGACUCUCGUUAGCAUGUACGCCGAAUGCGGGUGCAUCGUCUCAGCGAGGAAGGCGUUUGACGAUUUGCCCCAACCAAAUGUUGUAGCUUGGAAUGCAAUUGUCACUGCCUGUUUCAGGUGCGGCGACAUCACGGGCGCGAAGCUUAUGUUUAAGAGGAUGCCUUUCCGAAAUUUGACAUCUUGGAAUGUCAUGCUUGCUGGGUACACGAAAGCCGGAGAGCUGGAGCUCGCGAGAAGAACAUUUGCCGAGAUGCCUAUGAAAGACCAGGUCUCCUGGAGUACCAUGAUUGUUGGGUUUGCUCAUAAUGGUUGUUUUGAUGAGGCUUUUGGCUUUUUCCGUGAGUUGCAGCGAGUUGGGAUUAGACCCAACGAGGUGAGCUUGACCGGGGUUCUCUCUGCGUGUGCACAGUCGGGUGCAUUCGAAUUUGGAAAAAUCUUGCAUGGCUACUUAGAGAAAGCGGGUUUUAUUGAAAUCGUUUCUGUUAGUAAUGCUCUCCUCGACACCUACACAAAAUGUGGGAAUGUUGAUAUGGCUCGCUUGGUCUUUGAUCGGAUGAUGGAAAAGAAUAUAAUUUCUUGGACUUCAAUGAUGGCAGGGUUUGCAAUGCAUGGUUACGGAGAGGAAGCGAUAAAAUAUUUCCACGAGAUGGAGAAGUCCGGAACGAGACCUGAUGGAAUUACUUUCAUUUUGAUCCUGUAUGCUUGCAGUCAUGCCGGAUUGAUCUUACAGGGAUGCGAGUAUUUCAACAAGAUGAUUGAGAAAUAUGAGAUGGAGCCAUCAAUCGAGCAUUAUGGUUGUAUGGUCGAUCUGUAUGGCAGGGCGGGACUGUUGAACAAGGCUUACGAUUUCAUAACUAGAAUGCCAAUUGAGCCAAACGCCGUUAUUUGGCGGACUCUUCUUGGGGCGUGUAGUAUUCAUGGGAAUGUCAAAUUAGCAGAGAAAGUGAAGCAACGCCUCUCGGCGCUCGACCCUGACAACUCUAGCGACCAUAUUCUGUUGUCGAACAUUUAUGCUGUGGCUGGGAAAUGGAAGGAUGUUGCCGCAGUGAGGAGAUCAAUGACUGAUCGGAAGAUUAAGAAGACACCAGGUUGGAGCAUGAUUCAGGUUCACAAGGCCAUGUACAGUUUUGUGGUGGGAGAAGGACCGGCCGGAGUUACAAUGGAGGCUUAUCAGAAGCUUGGGGAGAUGAUGUUGAGACUUAAGAUUGAAGGAGGUUACAUGCCGGAGGUCAGGGGCGUUCUGCAUGAUAUAGAAGAGGAAGAAAAAGAAGAUGCAAUCUCUAGGCACAGCGAGAAGCUUGCAUUAGCAUUUGGGAUGUCAAGAUUGAGUGGGGAAAGCGUCAUCAAAAUUGUCAAGAAUUUGAGGGUUUGCAGGGACUGUCACACCGUGAUGAAGCUGGUAUCAAAGGUGUACAGGCGAGAGAUUGUUGUGAGAGAUCGAAGUAGGUUUCAUUGUUUCAAGGAUGGGGCUUGUUCGUGCAGAGAUUACUGGUAACUUGGUUAGAUUAGAUACCAUUUGCAGACCUGAUUGGGCCAAUCCAGCCUAAAAAGAUUGUUCAAUCAGGUUCUUAAAGGCUAGGAAGCCUAGGAUAAGAAAUUGCACCAAAAUGGUGAGACUUCGAGAGAAAAUAAAACUAGGACUACCCUUUGUUCAACAAAGUCAAAAGGAUGAUAGAUUUCCCUUGUAUUCUUUCUGAAUUCAUUUUCUCAGUAUAUGACAAUUUUUGGACAAAAAUCACUUUUUCUUAA